AUGGUAACCGAGUGUCACAAGUUCCUUUCAUCAAUCUUCGCAUGGAAUACUCACAGUCCAGCUGCGAGCGAAGGUACUAUCGAGACGAGAAAGAACCACCGUGUGAGACUGCAAUGCCCGCCUGGCCGCUCAACGAAGGUUCCACAAGCUACUAUGAUGAUCAUCCGAGCGACCGAUUACAACGCCGCCAAGAGGUGUGUGCCAGGGCACGUUAAAGAGGAAAUGCUGCGGCACAGGACCCUCGACCUAAUGGAGAGUGCCCAGGCCACUCAUGAGAGGAACACUCGGUGGGGUGACAAACUGAGGGCAUCUCCGUUCGCGACGAACUUGGUGAUGCAGCUUGAGCAUGCACAGCACCUCGCUGAGGAGAGGGAGUUGGCUGAUAAGCGAGAAGCGCGAGAGGAAUACAUCAGACAUCGUGAUAAACGUAAUAUGAUGUUCAAGAAGGCCGUAGCCGAUAGCGAUCUCGUAUGCAUGCUGAGAAGGGAGAAAAGGUUGCUUCUGGAGAAUGAGCGGAGAUUAGCUGCUGCAUGCACUGUGGAAAGAACUAACGCUAAGGUUGACCAGAUACUCGAGGAGCGGCGACAGAAGGAAAUUGAGAUGCAAGAACGCCUUCUACGAAGGACAAUAUCACCAUGA